AGCUUAGAAUCUCACUUCAAUUAGUUUUUAAAAGAGGGAGAGGCAAAGACAAUAGGGAAAGUAUUUCACUGCGUCUGUGCAUGUGUUUGAAUCUGUGCAAGUGUGCAAGUUGGAAGUAUUUAUAUUGCACCAUGAGUCUUAAAGGCAGGCGUUUCUCACUGGACAGCUCUGCUAACCUGGACGGAUUGGGUCUCCUUGGUGGAAGAAGAGGCAGCAACAGGUUUAGCAGUAAGAAAUCUAGCCAAAGCCCAGCCCCACUGGACAUCCAGGAGCUAAAACACAGCAUCAACUCCAACAUGUACAUCAGGGAUCCUAUCACAGAAGAGGAUAACAUUGAUCGAACAGAUGGCUUUAUCAGCAACAUUAGCUUCCUGAAGCACAACAAAACCUUCCACAAAAUGUUCCCAGACAUCCCUGAGAGGGAGAACCUUACACACACAUUCUCCUGUGCCUUGCAGAAGGAGGUGCUGUAUCAUGGAAAACUCUAUGUAUCUGAGAACUAUGUGUGUUUCCACUCGUCAGUGCUGCUCAAAGACACCAAGGUGGUGAUUCCUGCGUCGAGCGUCUGCGGGAUAAAGAAACACAACUCAGGUUUAUCCAUGUUGUCUAUCCAAACUGCUGAUGGAGAUAAGUGCACCUUUGUGUCUUUGAGGAACCGUGAGAUGUGUUAUCAACUCCUCCAAACUGUCUGUUCACAGGAACAGGAUAAGAACUUGAACGGCAGCCCUCAUGUCUCCUCUGCAGAUAAUGAAGCUGACCAUGACGUGGCCUCCGGUUAUUCCAGUUUGGAGGACAGCAUAGAUCAUGAUCGGGGCAGAGAGGACAGCAUUUAUCUUAACAACGACCUUCCUCACAUGUCCAGUGAAGGAUCUACAAAAGGCAAUUCCACCAGUCAGAACAGCACAGAGGGAGAUGGCACAGCAGCAGUACGGUGGAUUAGGAGGAUCGCUGAGAGUGUCGUUCCACUCUUCUUCCUCAGAGAAAUCAGGGAUCUCAGCGCUCUCUUCUAUGUCUUCGUAUUACUGGUGAUGCUGCUGCUCUUGGCGUCUGGGUACAUGGGGCUGAAGAUCAUCGCUUUGGAAGAGCAGCUGACUCAGCUGUCUUUCCAACACAGAGAGUACCAGCUAACGUAGCCAGAGGCAGGUGACAGACCCUUCCAGGAAGUCAUGCAGUGCACCCAAGCCCGGUUCUACGGGGGUGCAUAGGCAUGCAUUGCACCCCCAGUUGAAUGGUAUGCACCCUCUAUUCAAAAAAGAGAAGGGAGCGAAAAAUAUAAUAAAUAUAACAACAAUAAUAGAAUACAAUACAACACAAAUUGUGUCAGGUGUGGGUGACCUGCGCCGCUGCGCGUGCAUCAUUUCCAAAGUGCUUCCACAGCAGUGAAACACAUCUGUGGAUAAUCAUGGAUAUACGAAAAUGGUUAAAGCAACCAUCACUAAACGCCAGCAACACUGCAUCUACUGCAGACAAUAGCAACAGGACUGAUGGGGACGUUACGUUACCCGCCGUCGUUGACAUAAUCUCGCCCGACUCGCCGCCCCCGCCCCCGGAGCAGCAGUCUUUGUCGCCAGAAACACCGCCGCCCCUCGAGGGGACCACGGCAAAACAGAGCCUGCCCAGGUAUAAACAAGUACCCAACUCGCCUGUACAGUGGGGUAAGGCGCUCAUUUUGCAGCUUGUGGUAUAAAAAUAGGCCAUGGCUAGAAUACUCAUGUAAAAAUAGUGCCAUAUUCUGCCAUGCCUGUAGAAAUGUUGGGUCAAAAAUAAUGCAUACAAUAGCACAGAUGCCUUCACCACGAAUGGCUACAAAAAGAUCUCAUAUCCCAAGCUUAUCAACAAGCUAAUGUUGCAGCUGAAAUGUUCUCCAGGUCACAAAGUCAACCUCACAUGAUGAUGUGAUACCAGUUUUCAAGCACAGUAAAUAUUCUCUUCCCAGAGUUAUGGGACCAAGGUGAUGAUGUAGUACAUGGUUUUAAUAAUACUUUUGCUUUUCAAUGCUUGCCAUUUCAAACCAUGAGCUGGUUCAAAUAAUAUUUGCCUUGAUUUACAAUAUGUUCUCAUUUGUUUUAUCAGUACGGGUUUUAAAACGUUUGUGCUUUUCUUCACCAUAGUCCACUUUGGACUGGAUGUAAUAUUUCAGGAUUGCACUUUUAACACACUUGAAAUGUUCUCACUUGCUUUGUUUCAAAACAUAACAAAUGCCAUAAUCUGUUCAUUGGGGACCAUAACAUCAAUGCUAUUUUUCAUUGCUGUUGCCGGCCACUAUUGCUCACGUAAACCUACUACUGCUGCACCCCCUGUAAUCUCAGAUGCACCCCAAGUCAUUUUGUUCUAGAACCGGGCCUGAGUGCACCACUCUCAUAACAUCCUGUCAUACACACAAACAUUGAUCCCUGUCUAGACAGGCUCCCAAAAGCAUCUUAGUUUUUGACACGCAUGCAGCUUUUAGUAGAAUUUGCAAUAUCGUGCACAAACAAAUGCUCUCUCAGUGGAGAUUGAUCUUCUGUGUCAUGUUUGCAGAGAAAGCAGGUCAGCAAUAAGAUGCUUUUGGGAUGUCUGAACAGGCCACACGGGGUGCACUACACGGAUGACUGACUGUGCUGGCAGAGAAGCACCGGACCAAUAUUUCUGUUAGAGGAGCACACUUAUUCUGUGCUGACAGAUCAAAAACUGCAGUGAGGCUCUCCUGCACGGAGCCAUAUGGAGGCAGCCUGCUGAAGUCAUGUUUGUUUCCUGGCCGGUGAACUCGCUGAGCUCAGCGAGCUGCAGUUGCAUGAGUCUUGGCCGCAGUUUUUCUGGAUCAACACAACCUGCAGCAGCGGGAACAAACACAGUGAAACAAGCACUUUAUUUUUGCUUGGUAUUAAAUGUUUUUUAUGUUAUGACAUGAUAGUUCACAUUGUGUAAAUUCACUACUGGAAUCUAGUGACAUGUUUCAGAAUAAAGACUGUUAGUGACAAGAAUCCGCCAGCAGAGGGCAGUCACUCCCAUUAAACUCCACUGUGAAGCACCAAGGCAGGAUUUCACUUAUAAAUUCAGGCACUGAUAUUUCUUUUAAGAACAGUUUUUAUAAAAAACCUUUGCUCUGGAAUUGUUGCCAUAUCAGUCCUGUUGAUAGAUGUUUAAAAAUAUGUGAUUCGAGAAAUGUUGGCCAAAUGAUCUCCAGGACUUUAAAACCAUUUUUAUAACCACACAUUUGAAAUCUGUGUAAACAUAAAAACGCAAACAUAUAUUUGGUUACAUAAGGGAAUGGAGGUGGGCUCUAACAUUGUGUGAUUUGAAAAAAAUAUCCAAAGUGUAAUGUUUAAUUCUGAAAAUAAUAUUGAACUAUUCCCAUACAAUUUCAAAUACAAUAUUGUCAAACAGGGUGUAUACAGGAUUUUAAUAACUGUAUUGUAUAGCUGUGUAUAUAUGUAUCUAUUCCAUCUGUGAAGAGAUGUUUUUAGUAAGUAAUGAAUAUGUAUAUUGUGAUUUUAAACCCACUUCUGUGUCAAAUAUUGCAAUAUUUUGUAUCACUGUCUACCAGAUGUCCAUACUUAUGAAUGUAUGCACUGUACAAAAAAAGGUUGUUAUAAAAACAAAAGUCAGUUUCA